CGCACCCCGGAGCGGAGCGGCGCCGGGGGCCCAUGAGCGGCGAUGGCAGCGGCUAUCGCCAGCUCGCUGAUCCGGCAGAAGCGGCAAGCGAGGGAGUCCAACAGCGACCGGGUGUCCGCCUCCAAGCGCCGCUCCAGCCCCAGCAAGGACGGGCGUUCCCUCUGCGAGAGGCAUGUCCUGGGGGUCUUCAGCAAAGUGCGCUUCUGCAGCGGCAGGAAAAGGCCGGUGAGGAGGAGACCGGAACCCCAGCUGAAAGGAAUUGUGACAAGGUUAUUCAGCCAGCAGGAAUACUUCCUGCAGAUGCACCCAGAUGGUACAAUUGAUGGGACCAAGGACGAAAACAGUGACUACACCCUUUUCAAUCUAAUUCCUGUGGGUCUUCGCGUGGUGGCAAUCCAAGGGGUGAAGGCAGGUCUGUACGUUGCCAUGAACGCUGAGGGAUAUCUCUACAGCUCAGAUGUUUUCACACCAGAGUGCAAAUUUAAAGAAUCUGUCUUUGAAAACUACUACGUUAUUUAUUCUUCCACGCUGUACCGGCAGCAGGAAUCGGGACGAGCAUGGUUCCUGGGACUCAAUAAAGAAGGUCAAAUUAUGAAGGGAAACCGAGUGAAAAAAACCAAACCCUCAUCACAUUUUGUACCCAAACCCAUUGAAGUGUGCAUGUACAGAGAGCCAUCGCUGCAUGAAAUUGGAGAAAAACAAGGACGCUCAAGGAAAAGUUCAGGGACACCAACUAUGAAUGGAGGCAAAGUUGUUAACCAAGACUCGACAUAGCUGACAAAUACCCUCCCUUCUUCCAACUCCUCCCCUCCCACCCACCUACCCACCCCACCUGGUGAAACCACACUGAGAUGAUGACAACUGGGCAAGGCAGGACCUACCGGUAGUGGCUUGGAGUGUGAACUCCAGAAUCUUUCUUUGUGUAGGACGAGAAAAUCGAAACCCAGAUCCUGCCUGUUGCAACGUUUUAAAAAACAACAACAACAAAAAAAAAAAGUGAAGAAAAAAUGUUUUAAAUCAGGACUCCAUUAACAUUUUCAAAAGCAAACUGUUUGCUCUGUGAUCAAAGGGGGAAAAAUCUCAUCUCUGCAUAAUAAUAAUAAUAAUAACUAAUAAAUAUAAUAAUAAUAAUAAUAAAGAUGUUACCUUUAAAAAUAAAACAAAGCUUUUGGAAAAUUGAACUUA